UAUUGAUUAUCUUUUGAACGUAUAUAUGUACCUUAUAAAUUCUUAGUAUGAUUUAACCUCGCAAUACUCUAUCAACCCUAUGUUUAUAUGUAUACAAUACAUAAUAUCACACAUCUUACAUUAAAGAAAGUAAUAAUUAUAAAAGCUUUUUUCUCUUUUGAAUACAACAGUUGAUUGAGAAUACGCAAUCUAUAUUUUUUAUAUCUAUGAUAUUUAUGUGUAUAUCGACCGCAAACAUUGCAAAACAUAUAUAGUUAUAAAACUUAUAUAAGUUUUAAUUGAUUACUUGUAUAUGGUGACCAAGCGAGAUGUCGGCAUCUGAACCAUUAGCAAUAGUUCAAUCAAAAUUCGUGUCCGGUGAGAUUGUUGUAACUGCUACGGAAGCGUCAUUAAUACAGGGCUGGAUACAGUCUUCAAGAUAUAUUGCUCUCAUUUAUAAAGGUACAACCCAUGCUUUAGCAAUCUUUCUAACUUCAAAAACACCACCACAAGUAUAUAGCGAUCUUACCCUGGAAGGAAUAUUGCCUAUUGAUCAGGAUUUCAAAUGUGGUAUAGAUACUAAUGGAGAAGCACAGGAUGGCCUUGACAUAUACAUGAAUAUUACAUCGAGAAAACUUCGUCUGAUAUUUGAAAUGAAACUUGGAGAAGCAACCAGUUCCUUAGUAUCAGAGAUAUUUCGAGCGAUAGAAGUAUAUCAGACAGCUAAAAGCCCAGCAGCAGAAUUUUCAUGGAUUGAAAAGCUAACGAAAAGUACAAGAAAUUUAGCUACUGGUAGCAAAGAUGCGCAAGAUGCUGUCGAUUCUUAUAGGCAAGUUAUAGUUAAUUCACUUCAUCCAGGAGGAAUUUAUACACAAGUCGCUCUUGUCAGAUUAGUUGGCAUAAUGCUGUUAGUAUAUGCACUUGAAACUCAUAUACCAUUUAUCGAAAAUGUAUGUACAGACACAGUAGGAACAGGAAUUAUGGGAAAGUUGGGCAAUAAAGGUGGUGUUGCAGUAAGUUGUUGUAUUCACAAUACGGCCAUUUGUUUUGUUAAUGCUCAUUUAGCUGCACAUUGUGAAGAAUUUGAACGACGAAAUCAGGAUUAUGCUGAUAUUUGUGCGAGACUAUCCUUUACAAAAUAUGUGCCACCAAAAAAUUUCAAGGAUCAUGACCAGAUUUAUUGGUUGGGAGAUUUAAAUUAUCGCAUAACGGAUAUGGAUGCUGCAACAGCUAAGCAGUGCAUUUCAGAAGGUAACUACGGUCCCGUUCUAGCAUUUGAUCAACUUGGACACCAACGCAAAGCAGGACGUGUGUUUCAAGGAUUUCAGGAAGCAGAGAUCGACUUUAAACCCACGUAUAAAUAUGAUCCAGGUACCGACAACUGGGAUUCAAGUGAGAAAUGCAGAGCUCCAGCUUGGUGUGAUCGAAUAUUAUGGAAAGGAGAUAUGAUUAAAUCAGUUAGCUACAAAAGUUAUCCGGAACUAAAGAUAUCUGAUCAUAAGCCAGUUACUGCAAGUUUUGAUUCUCAGAUACGUAUCAUAGAUACGGCAAAGUAUCGUAAAAUCCAUGAGGAAGUUAUGAAGAAACUAGAUAAAUUAGAGAAUGAAUUUUUACCUCAAGUAAUGGUCGAUACCACGGAUAUUAUUUUUGACAUUUUGAAAUUUCUCGAACCUAGCAGUAAAGAACUUAUUAUCGCUAAUACAGGCCAGGUACCAGUACAAUUUGAAUUUAUAAAAAAAUUAGACGAUACAAAUUACUGCAAGGAUUGGUUGCACAUAGAGCCUUAUACAGGUUUUAUCAAACCAGGUGAAAAGUGCGAUAUUAAACUCGAGGUAUAUAUAGACAAAAAGACUGCAUGUAAAUUGAAUUCCGGUGAAGACAAGUUAUAUGAUAUUUUAGUAUUACAUCUUGAGGGAGGCAAAGAUAUUUUCAUUACUAUAACAGGUACUUACGAGAGAAGCUGCUUUGGAUCUUCUAUGGAAGCAUUAGUUCAUAUUUCAGUUCCAAUUAGAGAAAUUCCUAUUGGACGAUUAGUCGAAUUGGAGAAUAAUAAAAAUCUUUCACAAGAACCAUAUCCGGUACCGAAAGAAAUAUGGCAUUUAGUAGAUAGAUUAUAUCGACAUGGCCUUAAAACUCCAGGGCUUUUCGAAACACCAGGUCUUCAUAGUGAGAUAGUAGCUAUUCGAGAUUGGCUAGAUGAAUGGAGUCAAGAUCCAAUGCCUGGUGGUGUACAUUCGGUAGCAGAGGCAUUACUAUUACUUUUAGAAUCUACUGCUGAACCCUUGAUACCAUAUAAUCUGCAUAAUGUUUGCCUAUCUGCAGCAACCAAUUAUUUACAAUGUAAACAAGUAA